GAAGCCCUCAAUUUUUCUGGGAUACCCAUUGUUGUCACUGAGACAGGAUGGCCUUGGCUUGGUGGAGCAAAUGAACCUGACGCCACUGUUGAAAAUGCUGAGGUCUUCAACAAUAAUUUGAUCCGGCGAGUUGUAAAUAAUUCAGGCCCACCUAGUCAGCCGACUAUACCCAUUAACACCUACAUUUAUGAGCUGUUCAAUGAAGACAAGAGACCUGGUCCGGUAUCAGAGAAGAAUUGGGGCAUAUUUUUUACUAAUGAGACUGCUGUUUAUACUUUAAGCCUGAGCUCUUCUGCCCGAAUCAGUGGAAAUUCUUCUACAACAUUCUGUGUGGCAAAAGAUGAUGCAGAUUCUGAUAAAUUGCAAGAUGGGCUGAACUGGGCUUGCGGGCAAGGGCAGGCUAAUUGUGCAGCCAUCCAAGAGGGGAGGCCAUGCUUCACUCCUGACACCCUCAAAAAUCAUGCGUCUUUUGCCUACAAUGAUUACUAUCAAAAAAUGCGUAGUGCUGGUGGUACAUGUGACUUUGAUGGUACAGCUACAACAACCACUAUUGAUCCUAGUUAUGGAUCUUGUAUAUUUACUGGAAGCUCUAAUUCAAGCACAGGUCGAGUUCCAGCACCUGGUGCCUUUGCACCUGUAAGUCCUAUAGGAGGAAGUACCAACCGACUUGUCGCCAAACAUCAUUUUCUAGCAUUGCUUACAUCUCUUUCUCUAAUGUUACUUUCAAUGUGGAGGUAACUUUGAGCUUGUGGAUGGUAAGCUUUUGAAAACAUGCAGAAAGAGCUAGUAGGAUCGAAGUCAUGGAAACACGGGGGGGGCUUGAGAACAAUCAGAAACAAAGCGAGAACAUUGGAAGAAGUCACCUCUCCUCUGUUUAACAUCUUCCUCUUCUGUUAAAGGGUGUUUUCAGUGUUCAUUGUAACUAGAGUCCCAGAUCUAGAUCUUGAUUUUUUAGACAACAUUUUCAGGAUUUGAGUUUUUUGAUCUUCAACAAUGGAAAUGUGAUUAAGUUCACCAUUGUGUUAUUUUGC